GCCUCGAUCUGCAGGCUGGACUUUCACUGAUAGAUACUGCGUUUCAGUUGUCAUCUCUGAGUGUAAGGUAAUAAGGAAAAUAUAGCAGCUUGAAAUCGUGCUGUAUUAAUUUUUGACCCUGUACGAAGAGCAUUUUAGCGUUUUUUAUGCAGUGUUAAAAGAUGAAUAAAAAAACAAAGGGAAAGCUCAGCACGGAGUCCCUCGCUUCUGAUUUAACAGAAGAGCAAAGAAAGCAGCUCUGUGGUUUGCUGGGGAAUGUGGAGCUGACUCUUCUCUACAAAGCUUCAGUCCAUGGAUAUCAAGCUUCUGUCUUCCAUCAGCGAUGUGACCGUCAGGGUCCCACCUUACUUGUAGCUUACAACUAUUCAGAAUACAUCUUUGGUGGAUACACUAGUGUAGAUUAUACUCAGUGUUAUCAGCAAAUUACAGAUAAAGAGGCUUUCCUGUUCAGCUUUGAAGGUACAGAGCCAGUCUGCAUCAAAGUUAAGAGUGGACAUCAUGCACGUUAUGAUGACGCUGGAGGGCCCAACUUUGGUCAACAGUUGUGCUUUUGUUACAACAACCAACCAGUUGUGCAUCAUCAAGGAGGGAUCAAUGCAUUCGAUUUUUAUUCUGAUACACUGUAUGGGGAAGACCCCGAUCUGAGGGAAUGUGAGGUGUACAAAGUCAAACACAUCCUUCAGGUCAUGGAGAAACCAUGGAGGAAUGUUCUGUGGACAGCUGAACGAAGAGCAGAGCUCAUGGAAAUGAUCAGGAAUUACAAACCCCUGGUGAUGUCUGUGAGUCGGGUCAGAAUCCUAAUGAUCGGUCCUGUAGGUGCUGGGAAAUCCAGUUUCUUCAACUCCAUCAACUCCAUCUUCAUGGGCCGCAUUACCAGCAAAGCCAUGUCAGGAUCUGCAGGCACUAGUCUCACCACACAGUUUCGCACAUAUCCAGUGAAAGAUGGUCGUGAGGGAAAGCCAUUGCCGUUUGUGUUGUGUGAUACCAUGGGACUCGAGGAGCAAACCGGUGCAGGACUGGAUAUUGAGGACAUCAGCAGCAUUCUUCAGGGUCGUGUACCAGACCGCUAUAAAUUCAACCCCAUCACACCAUUUCAACCUGAUGAGCAAAAGGCCUCCAGACCUGCAUCUCUACAGGAGAAGAUCCACUGUGUGGUGUAUGUGAUAAACACCACCAAAAUCUCCCUCAUGUCCGACAAACUACAGGAAAAACUUGCUUCCGUACGCAGAAAAGUGAACUCACUGGCCAUUCCUCAGAUGGUUUUGAUGACAAAAGUAGAUGAAGCUUGUCCUCAGGUGGAGAAAGAUCUUCAAAGCCUAUAUGUCAGUUCCUACAUCAAGUCAAAGGUGCAGGAGGUGAGCUCUCGGUUGGGUGUCCCGGUGUCUUGUGUGUUACCGGUGAAGAACUACAGUCAGGAGCUGGAGCUGGAGCUCAACUGUGACGUCCUGCUGCUCACCGCUCUACAACAGAUGCUCAACUUUGCAGACGACUAUCUGGACGAUGUCUGUCCCUUGGAGGACAAUCCCAAAUAAAGUGUGGUGUAUUAUAGAUGGAGAUGUAUACCUCUUGAUCAGCACAAUAAGAUAUCUUAAAUUCAAAGAUUGUUAUUAAGUUUGCCUGUUCUAGUUUUUAAUAGCCAGCAAAUCCACUGAAGAAAAUGCAAUUAAGGUCCUCAUAUUAUUUUCAUGCAUUUGUUAGUUGCUUGUUUACUGUUGUUCUAUGAUCAGGUUUAUAGGAUAUUGUAUUAAUAGAAUGACGGUGAAAUAACUUAAACAAACAUAGAGAAUUAAAUAUGCUUAAACUGU